CUGCUGUUGCCAUUAGCAAAGCUCACACACUACGCUUCUAUGGCGUGGGAACCCCCUCGGUUAGUGCUAAACCCAUACCAGGAUCAGACCACGCAAGACAUUGUCAACACCGUUCAAACCCCUCAGCGAACUCGCAAACCCACGCUCUCACCGGAAUUGCAGAUUAGUUCCGCACAGUUCAAUCUUCCUGAAGGUUGGAUUGUAGAAGAAAGACCCCGUCGCUCUAACCCUACGCAUGUUGAUAGGUAUUACUAUGAGCCACAUACCAGAAAGCAGUUUCGUUCUUUGUGUGCUGUUCAGAGAUAUCUAGCAGGAGAAGAAGUUACUCCUAGAAGAAUGAAAUCAAAGAAGAAGCUUAUUGAGUCUGGGGAAGGACAAUCUAGUUCCAUGAGAGCUGUUUCUAAUUUCUUAUUAGAAGAAAAUCCAAGUCCAACAACAUCCAAGUCCCCAAUGAAUUCAGGAUCUGGAGAGAAAAGAGUUCGUAGUACAAGAUAUGAAGGAAGAUAUGAAGAAGAAUCUGUCUACAGACCCACUUCAGUGGCAAAAGAAGAGAUAAUCAAUCCAAUGUCAUGGAAAUACUCAGUUCCAGCUAGGAAGAAAUCUGUGAAGCUGGAUUAUCAGAAUAAAACCAUAUCAGAGAGCAGUGGAACUUCUUCAGCGCAUAACCUAACUACACCACCACCAGCAAAAAUUAGCUGGGUUUUGUCUGGCCCCACAGGAACCUGGAACCCUAGGGUUGGUGGUUCUCCUGUGCCACAAUCCGAAAAGCUCAACUGGUCCGAAGCAUUUAUACAAUCCCUUGGUCGUGAUGAUGGACCUAGCAACUGAGGGUUCACAGUGGAGAUAUCAAUGAGAAUAUGCUGACACCGUGGAGUCAGAAAAUGAGAUUAUCUGCGGAACCUUAUCUUAAACUAUACGCAGACAUUGUUCUAUUUCACUGAUGUAGUUUGUACCAUGCUGUUGUUACAUUAGCUACUUCUAAACUGUGUAAUGUUGUUGUUAUUGCAUCUUUAUUUCUCUUCAAUCUUGAACUGUAUAGUAACUUGUCUAUCCUAUAUGCAUAUGUUGGUAUUAAAAACUUGAAGAGAUCACAUUUCUUUCU